AUGGCUUCGGAUCACAAGUCCACCAUAGAUGACAUACAUUCCAGCAAGGGACUAAGCAUACGUCUAGGAACCGACAACCCUCUCGACCACCUACCGUACACCAGAAAAGCGUCCUUCAAUUCGUACACUCAACAGCACGAGCCUGUCUGCCUGCCUAACACGCGCGUCGACCUCCUGCGCGAGAUACACAGCUGGGCAGAUAGACAAGACGAUCAGUGCAUCUUCUGGCUGAGAGGGCUAGCAGGCACGGGCAAGUCGACGGUUGCGCGGACGGUUGCGCGCAGCUACCACGAGGAGCAGCGUCUAGCGGCUAGCUUCUUUUUUUCACGUAGCAGCGACGACGUAAGCUAUGCGGGCAACUUGGUUACAAGCAUUGCAGUAGACAUUGCGAACAAUGUGCCAGUAUUAAGGCAGUACAUUAGCGACGCAGUUGUAGAGCGCACCGAUAUUGCUAGCCGGUCUCUGCGGGACCAGUGGCAUCACCUUGUCCUCGCCCCAUUGUCGAAGCUUGGCGAGAGCGACUACCCAUUGACAGCCCCGCUCGUUCUGGUUGUAGACGCGCUCGAUGAAUGCGACAGCGACAUCGACAUCAAGAUCAUCUUGCAGCUGCUGUCCGAGACUCAAUCGCUGACGAGAGACCGGCUGCGGGUACUGCUGACAAGCAGGCCUGAACGGCGGAUCCGAGACGGAUUCCGCCGCAUACCGCAUGUAGAGCUUCAAGACGUUGUGCUGCAGCACAUAUCGCGGUCGAUCGUCGACCAUGAUAUAGCCCUUCUCCUACAACACGACCUCCAGCUUACUGGACGCGAACUCAAUCUCACUGAUGGCUGGCCAGGUGCAGAGAUCAUCGCGCAGCUGGUGCAGAGUGCAGGUGGCCUGUUCAUCUGGGCCGCCACUGCGUGUCGCUUUAUCCGCGAUGGGAAGCGCUUUGCACCUGAGAGGCUGGAGACGAUUCUGCGCAACGACGGUGAAGUUACUACCAGACCAGAGAAGCUCCUCAACCAGAUCUACACCACAGUGCUAGAGAACUCGAUCCAGAUCUUUGAGCACAGAAUCAUAGAACAGGAGGAACUACUGAUAAACAUCCAAUAUGUUCUGGGAAGUAUAGUAGCGCUAUACUCUCCUCUCUCUGUGCAGUCUCUAGGUCAGCUACUAGACGUUGCAGAAGUGAUUGAACCGGCGCUAGAAGACCUCCACGCCAUUCUCGACAUCCCGGAUGAUCAAAGCCGGCCAAUCCGCCUGCAUCACCCUUCGCUCCGCAACUUCCUGUUCGGCCAAAACAAAUGCGGCGACAGGUUCUAUGUAGGUGAGAAGAUCGCCCACAACAAGUUGGCAGGUUGCUGCAUCAAGCUCAUGUCGGCGCCUACAAGCCUUCGACAGAAUAUGUGCAGUCUCUCUGAGCCUAGCACUCUAGUAAGCGACAUAGGAGAGGACAUACUGGCUAUUAGCCUGUCAUCCGAGCUGCGAUAUGCGUGCCAGUACUGGGUCGAGCACCUCGAGCGCAGCCAGCAGAAUGUCAUAGAUGGAGACACAGUACAUGUCUUUCUUCAGCAGCAUCUUCUACACUGGGUCGAAGCAAUGAGUCUAAUAGGAGAGACGGCUAAGUGCGUGCGCUCGCUGGCUGUACUACAGGUGCUAGUCGCACCAUCUGCAAGCGCUUCUAGUAGUCUUGUGCAUGAAGCAUGGCAAUUCGUAUCGCAAUUGAAGUCGGAAAUACCAGAAGCACCUCUCCAGGUGUACGCGCUAGCUCUUGGUUUUGUACGAGAGAAAGAGCUAUUGGAAACGGCGUCUACCGUUCAGGGGCAGGAUAGUGUCGGCGGAAGCCAUUCCGAAACGCUUGUGCAUGAAGGAAAUGUGCUGAACUAUGAGAAAGACGACGUGUCAGAUGGCGACGAUCCGCUUGAAAUUAGUUCAGUCAGUUCACACAUUACGACAGCACGUGAGAAAGAUGCAAAGGCCCACGUCGCAUAUGUGCUCGCAAAUGAUAUGGAACUCCGUGCAUUGUGCAGCGGGGUAGUGGAUGCGCUGGGCAAAGCUGAGUUUGCUAAUGAAGGGCGAAAGCUACUCAAAAGCUUUUACUGUGGCUUGCUCAUGGAUGCUAAGACCCAACUGGAAAAGCAAAGCGUUAGCCUACUAAAGUCUCGGAAGGGAAGGAUAAGGAUAAGCAGCAAUAUUGCAGAGAUCAUAAGUUUACCUGAUGUCGAACACGAUGAAACAGGAAGGAGAGCUGAGGAGCAAAUUCGCAUGCGAAAAGAGCGACUGGAGAUGUGGGCGGAAGAUUACACGCACACAUCUCACGCCAAUGAAGACUCACAUGAGCGGGACGCAGUGCAACUUCGGCUUGUGGAAAAGGUAAACGGACAACCUGAGGAUCUCGAGUAUGCGGACUCCGGAACUAGUCCUAGUGGCGAUUCAGACGAGGGGUUUGACUUGGAGGGCGAGGCGAAGGAAAACUUUGUAACAAAAGUCACUGGGAUGGAAAAUUUCUUUCGCAACUCCAGGUCGUUCGAGGUUUUACUUGAUGGGUUUCGGGAGCUGCUUCUUCCACAGUCACUCAGAGACGUCCUACCUGCAACUUCCGUGGAGAUCUCAACUAAGGAGGAUAAGUCGAUCAGCAACCAGAUGAAAUCGCUCGUUGAGGACUUCACGAUGUUAGAUUGGGAUUGGUGGCCUCUGACACCCCGUAUGAGAGCCCUCAAACCUAACGAAAAACGUCUCAUCUGGAAAUGCUCGUGUGGCACCAGACUCUGGAAAGAGAUAAGUGCCGAAGAGGCAGACGUUGUUAGUGUUUUACUGCCAGGUCUGGAGACGGGAUCGCUCAGCAUGCCUCAAUGCGUCAAAUCCUCGGCAGAUCUACCCUUGUGGAGACGAUUGGCUGACGACAUCAAACACUCCUUCUCGACAUUGACUGGUGGACAACAAGGGACUUCGCCAACGGCAUUGAGUUCAACGACGACCACAACAACAACAGGUGUGCAGGCUACCACAACUGGUCGAACGACUGUCAACCCACAGACUCCUGCCCAAGUCCCGCAAUCCUUUCCAGCUAACCAACAACUUACCUCAGUUUCCGGCUCUGGUAGUCCACCUUCGCUAAGGUGGAUUAUCUUCGGUACUCAACCGUACAACAAGACUGCGGAGCUGGAACAUAUCGAAAUUGACGAUUUUACCAACGACAGCCGCUUCUUUCGAUCUUUAAGAGACCAUUAUCGGAAGCAUCGCGGUCUACUCAGCCGGUGGUUCUCUAUUUGGCGCAUUGGAGCUUGUGACGGUGUGAGAUUCGACAGAGUGGCUUCCGAUCUCGUUUUCUUGGAGAAUCCAGAGCUGCCUACCGAUUUUCUCGAAUACAUCUACAACCCGAAAGCGCCUCCAAAGGGUAAUGCGGAAAACCCUCUUAUAAGCCGCCACAAAGCUUCAAUGUUCAUGAACUGCAAUGACCCAUGCCGCUGGAGAUUUUUUCACAAUUGCGUACCACAUCUCAUCAACAGGAGAGUUAUUGACCGCGUUCCAAGGAAGAAAUCCAAGUUCGCAAUUAGGGACGACAAUUCAAUGGAGCACCAAGCAUGGGGUAUAACAGUUAGACACGAGAUCUCCGUGGCUUAUGUAGUGUGCUAUCAUGUUCUUAUCCUGGCUCUUCCAUUUGCCUUUUGGGGUUGGUGGCAAUAUAACCAUCCAGACGAUCUGCAGAAUGCUGCAGUCCCCAUUACUGUUGUUGCAGGGCUGUUAUCGCUUUUCUGGGGCGCGAAUGGCAUACUAACAGAAGGCCGACACUCAGGGUCAAAGACUGGUUGA